AUUACACUCCAAAUGAGGUCGGCGGAAAUAGAAUCGCCGGCCGAUGCUUAAUUAACUGUCAACCCUAAAACUCCCCGAAAUAGAAAACUGCGAUAUGGAAAAGGGAAAAGCGAAAGAAUCCACUCAAAUUGUGACCACUUCUCUGCGCAAUCUCCAAUUGGUGGAUGGCAAUACCGUCAAUUCAAAAUCGACCCGGAAUUCAACCGCCUUCUCUCUUCAAUCCCAAUCGUUGAAGAAUUCGAGAAAGGGGAAACCGUCGCCGAGCUUGUUGAGCUUGUGUUUGGGAGUGGUCGGCAGCAAUCUCGAGGACAUUAUCGAUGACUUGCCGGAGAUCGCCCUCACUCUCCCUUCCGAUAUUAAGAUGGUAAUGGUGGCAAUUGCCAGAAGAAGGAAGCUGCUGAGUGAUGAAUUUCUGAUUGCCUUGGCUGAUAGUUCAUGGGAGAUACUAGAUAUAUCCGGUUCGGAUGUUUCGGAUUCCGGGAUCUGUCACGUGUCGAACAUCUGCCAAAACCUAAGAGCUGUUGAUAUAAGUUUGUGCAGAAUGAUCACUCCAGCAGGUGUUUCAAAACUUCUCCAGCUUUGUCGUUCGAUUGAGAUAUUGAGAUGGGGAGGUUGUCCGAGGAGCGAUUACACUGCUCGCAGAUGCUUGAGUCUCUUAAAGCCAAGCAUCAACGAUGCGGAGGGGGAAUCCUGGGAGGAGCUUGAUGCUGUGGAGUUGACUCAUGGUGCACAGUCACUUCGCUGGCUUGUCUGGCCAAGAAUAGACAAGGACACACAGGAGAUACUAGCCCUUGAAUGUCCACGAAUUAUAGUGAAUCCGAAGCCAUCACUUUUGGGCUUAAGGGGUACUGAAAUUCCCCGAGAAGCAGUACUGCAACUUGUGUUGGAUGACCCGAUUGUAUUAGAUAUUGAUCCAAGAACAUGGGCUGUAUCGGGGAUUAAUGCAUCGAGAGCUCCUAUUUUGUCGGUUUCGACUCCUAAUGAAUUAUCAGUGGCUGAGAAGUUUAGGUUAGCGUUUGUAGAGAGGGAUAAUCGGUUAGCGCCAAAGAGGGCGAAGAAUGCAAGGCAGCAUCAAAGACGGGCUGAGAGGGAAUGGGUGAUGAUGGAUGAGAGAGCAAAGGCGCUAGCACUUGCUUCAAAAGCUACCAAGUCUGCCAACCUCAGAAAGCUGUAAGGGAAAAUCCUGAGAUGAAUUUCGUACAUUGUAAAACCACAUGAUACCAAUAUAUAACUUUGCGAUUUUGUUUUGUUGUCAAUAUUUUUUUUUUAUAUAUAAGAAAAUAUAAUGUACUAUCCUUUUUA